UCCCUGACACGGAUAAAAAUUAAAGCAGAGAAAAACGAAGGUCCUUCCAGAAGCUGGUGACAACUUCACUGGGGAGAUAUUGCAAAUAACAGCGGGAACAUGAAGCCGCCACUCUUGGUGUUUAUUGUGUAUCUGCUAUGGUUGAAAGACUGUCACUGUGCACCUACUUGGAAGGACAAAACUGCCAUCAAUGGAAACCUGAAGAGUUUUUCUGAGGCAGGGGAGAUAGAUGGAGAUGAAGAGGUGAAGAAGGCUUUGAUUGGUGUUAAGCAGAUGAAGAUCACGAUGGAAAGAAAAGAGGAGGAACAUACCAAUCUAAUGAAAACCCUGAAGAAAUGCAGGGAAGAAAAGCAGGAGGCCCUGAAACUUCUGAAUGAAGUUCAAGAACAUCUGGAAGAAGGAGAAAGGCUAUGCCAGGUGUCUCUGGCAGAUUCCUGGGAUGAGUGCAGGUCUUGCCUGGAAAGUAACUGUAUGAGAUAUUACACAACCUGUCAACCUAGUUGGUCCUCUGUGAAAAAUACGAUUGAACAGUUUUUCAGGAAGAUACAUCAAUUUCUAUUUUCUUUCCAUGAAGAUAAUGAAAAGGACCUCCCCUACAAUAAAAAGUUCAUUGAAGAAGAUGCACAAUUGACCGAAAUGGAGGCUGUGUUCAACCAGUUGGCUGUGGAUGUGACAUCUCUCUUUAACAGGAGUUUUAACAUCUUCAAACAGAUGCAGCAAGAAUUCGAUCAGGCUUUUCAAUCAUAUUUCAUGUCAGAUACAGACUCAAAUGGGCCUUACUCUUUUCCAGCUUUAUCCAAAGAGCCAACAAAAAAAGCAGAUCUUGUGCAAAGUUGGGACCUGCCCGACUUCUUCCAGCUGUUUCGUAAUUUUAGUCUCUCUAUUUAUGAAAGUGUCAGUGAAACAAUUACUAAGACACUGAAUGCAAUAGAGGACUUACCAAAACAAGACAAAGAUUCUGACCACGGAGGCCUGAUGUCAAAGAUGUCACCUGUACAGGACAGAGAACUGUGUGGGGAACUUGGCCAGAAUUUGUCAGGGUGUUUCGAAUUUCACAAAAGAUGCCAAAAAUGUCAGGAUUACCUAUCCGAAGACUGUCCUGAUGUAGCUGAACUACACACAGAAUUAGAUGAGGCCCUUAGAUUGGUCAAUGUAUCCAGUCAGCAAUAUGCCCAGAUUCUCCAGAUGACCCAGAAUCACUUGGAGGACACCGCUUAUCUGAUGGGGAAGAUGAGAGAGCAAUUCGGCUGGGUGUCUGAACUGGCAAGCCAGACCUCAGAAACUGAGGGCAUCUUUAAUUCAUUGAAGGUAGUUCCAAGUGUUCAUGAAGGAAAUUUUUCCAAGCAAGAUGAAGCAAUAACAGACUUGAGCAUUCUGCCUUCCUCUAAUUUAACACUCAAAAUCCCUGCUGAAGAAAGUGCUGAGAAUUCCAACUUCAUUAGCUAUGUGGUGGCGAAAACUCUAGAGCAUAUUAAGGAACAUUUUAAAACUUGGUAAGAAGUUCUAAUGCAUCCAACCAGUAGAAUUACCUCUUCAGCUAACACCUGAAAAUCCCGAAAUACAGAAGAAUAAUGCAAUAAGCAUAGUUGCAGGAAAGUAUGUUAGUUCUGUAUUACAAAGUAGUGUUAAUUUACUCUGUUGAAUGACUGUUUAAUAGCUACUGAAACUGAGCUAAAAUGAAAAUUCCUUCUUAAAAAAUCAAAUGUACAUAUGUAUUUCACUUUAUGGUGUAUUAGUAAAUCUUUGGAUAUUAAAUAAAUAUUCAAUCAC